UGCAGCGCCGUAGCAUGCAUUGGGUGUCAAGAAGCGGACUGUGUCGCGCCGUUAAAGACGUGCUCACCCGGUCGCAGCGGUUUGCGGUUAGCAGAAGAACCAUGUCGUCCUCCAAGGCCACGCGGCCGGUGUCCCUGCUGGGCAGCAUGGCGUUCGGGGGGCGAGCGGACGCCGCCCAGAGUCUGGAGAUGGUCACGGUGUUCCUGGACCGGGGCCACAAACACCUGGACACCGCCUUCAUGUACACGGACGGGAGGGCGGAGGCGAUCAUUGGGGACAUGAAACUCCCCAAAACAGUGAGCAUAGCUACGAAGGCCAACCCGUGGGAUGGAAAGACGCUGAAGCCAGAGAGCGUGCGCUCUCAGCUGGAAACCUCCCUUCAGAGGCUGCAGACUGACAACGUGGACCUCUUCUAUCUGCACGCCCCCGACCACCAAAACCCAAUCCAAGACACUCUGAGAGCCUGCAACGAGCUCCACAAAGAGGGGAAAUUCAAGGAGUUAGGCCUGUCCAACUACGCGUCUUGGGAAGUGGCUGAAAUCGUGUGUAUCUGCAGACAUAACAACUGGAUUGUUCCGACUGUGUAUCAGGGAAUGUACAACGCCACUACGAGACAGGUGGAAACCGAGCUGCUGCCGUGUCUGAGAUACUUUGGACUGAGAUUCUACGCGUACAAUCCUCUCGCAGGUGGCCUUCUGACAGGAAAGUAUCAUUAUGAAGAUAAAGACGGCUCUCAGCCUCAAGGACGAUUCUUUGGAAACAACUGGGCAGCAGCGUACAGAGACAGAUACUGGAAGCAGAGUCAUUUCCAGGCCAUAGAUGGAGUUCUGAAGACCUUGGAGGAGGCUUACGGCUCGCAGAAACCCUCCAUGACUUCUGCGGCGAUGCGCUGGAUGUACCACCACUCCCAGCUGAAGGGCGAUCUUGGAGACGGAGUCAUUAUCGGCAUGUCAAGCAUGGAGCAACUUCAACAAAACCUGGCUGCUGCAGAGGAGGGUCCCCUGGACCAGAGGGUGGUCCAGGCCUUCGACCAAGCCUGGAACCUCGUGGCCCACGAGUGCCCCAACUACUUCAGAUGAGCCCAGUGUUCCCAAAUCUCCACAACUGGGUCAGACCCUCACUGAGAAAUCAGCUGGACUUAAUUACCUGCUUUUCUUUUUUCCUUGAAAUCAUGAAGAUGAACUGGAGGCUUUUUUUCUUCUUCUUCAGAGCACUUAAUUUCCUUUAUAAGCCUAAUAUUUCCCAGGGAGAAUCUCUUCAUCACUUUCUCACGUGAACAAAUUUAACGGCAGCAAAAUAACGUGCGUGUGUGAGGAGUGAGCUUUGUUACUCAUCAGAGAUUCAUCUGGGUUUUAUUUGCCCUCGAUGUGGGCCGGCAGGCUCACGCAACGUUCCUCCUCUGAUCAAUUUAACACUGCGAACUCCAACUUACAGACCAAUAAUCACUACAGGAGAGGAUCAGGAAGUACUUGUAAUAAGUCAGCAGUGUGAAAGACUCGUCUGAGGUGUAUGUAAGAAUCUGUGCGCACACACACCAAAUAUGAGUACUGAAACAAAUACCUCUCCACACGUAUGCACCGGUCAUUAGGUUACCGUUAUUCCCCACACAAAUUGAAUAAUUUCUUCUUCAAGAUAAGUUUCUUUAUAACGAAAGACUGAAUGGGGAAAAAAAAAUAGCCAUACACAAAAGUCACACGAUCCUUUUUCAUUUUGACAAUUCAUAGAAUUACAAACCAGGAUUGGCAUGACUGCAUGUACAAAACUGAUGACUGUGACUCCAGGAUCCAGUAUACUUUACUCACCAGCAGGUCAGCCCCAAAUCAAACUUCAAGACAGACACACAUUUGUGUUACAAGUUAUAAAAAAUGCUGGGACAAACUGUUUCAGUGAAAACGUUCAUCUGCUGAGGAAGGCAGAAAGAAAGUGGGUGUUCAGCUUUCACUCUGCAUCGUCGUCCUCUUCCUCAACAUCUUCACCCUGUACAGGCUCCUCCUCCUCCGCAAACAUCUCAAACUCGCUCGUUUCCGAGUUCCACAUACAUUUAAUCUGCACCUUGAACUCUGCCAUCUCAAUAGCGAAGAGUUUCUGUG